UUUUAUGCGCGCGCGCACACAAAGAGCCGUCGUGAGUGGAGACGCUGCAAACGCGGGCGCUGACGUGGCCCUGGCAAGCGCAGGCGGCACAGCGUGCAGCCUCGUCGGCCACUAAUCCUUCUCGAUCCAAUAUGGCCUCCCCGGUGAUAGCUUUCGUGACAUUCGCAGUGCUAGAUAUGAGUGCCGAUGCCGGUAGCUUUAUGAACAUCGAAGUCAAGCCAAAGUUUGAAGAAUGCCCAAAGAUGGACCACCACGUAGACAGAUGUCGGGAGGCGCUUCUGUCCACACCCGAGCUGACGCAUGUCACUUUGGACCUCGAUAGCGACGAUCAGAGACGGCCCUACGAGUUAUGCAUGCUGACGAAACUGGAUCUUACCGCGCGCGAGGCCAUGGUCUGGUGCGAACACAAAGGAUCUCUGGCAAGGAAAAUAGCACUCUGCUACGAGUAUCUACUGAGGAUGGGUGCACCUGAACUCUCCGAACGCCUCAUUGUGAAAGUGAUAGACGAGUUUCAGAUGUGCUUGGAGAACGCCGAAGGACCGGUAGUUGCCUUACGAGAAAAGCCUUCCAAAGUGUCCCUAGACCAUCCGCCGCACGCCAGUCCCCUUACGGAUCAUCGUAAUGUACACCUCGGUAAAUACAGCGGUGAAGACGAUGAAAUGCCCAGCGGUGAACACGACGAAGCACCCAGCGAUGAAGACAUUAUGGCUGCGGAAUAUCGAAACUCUCAUGACAAGUACAGAAAAACAAUCUACGAUAGAGGUAGUAAAAAUACCAAUUCGUUCAACCAGGUGAAUUUCAUGGGGCCGCCUAGUGACUACUACUACCCUAGGCGCGAGAACGGCCUCGGCAAUGAAACCCCCACUGUGAAUCCGCAGCCCGGCUCACAAACUACAAGCCUUGGACCCGGUCACAGCCUAUAAGUCCGUGAGAGAGCUGAGAAACGACUAUCGUGGCCUGAUUAACGGCUGUCUGAUUAUUGCACUGUGUACGAUUCAUGCACACGAGAAAACACGUACGGAGGGGAACAAUAAAUGAUAGUCACUAUUGCGUUAAAUAACCAACCUUGCCAGCGUUGUCUUC